UUAUCAAGAGUGACCACCUUGGCAGUGACGGCGCCGGCCAGUAACCAACUCUGCGACUCCUUCAAGGGGUCUCUGGUGAGGCAGCAGGUCCGCUUCUGUAAGGACAACCCGGCCUUCAUGGACUCCGUCAAGAGGGGUGCCAUCUGGGCCAUCGACGAGUGUCAAUUCCAGUUCCGGACCCGACGAUGGAACUGUUCAACGCUCAACGACGAGGCCAUCGCCGCGUUCAAGAAGGCGUUCAAACCCAAGAACUCCCCAGAACAAGCGGUGAUGAGCAACAAAACAGAGCGAGCAGUCCCCGUCACCGCCCUGCCAGAAGUGAGGGAGGAACGACACCCACCGCCUAGUAACUACCAGAACACCUCCCCGGACUUGCCCUCCUACCCUCACCAACGCAGAGGAAGAAAGUCACGCAAAAAAUCCAACAGGAAGAGGUCAAAAAGCGGGGAAGGCAUCGUCGGCCCUUACCCAAUAGUGCCACAAGGUACCCGGGAGGCGGCCUUCGUGCACGCCAUCUCCUCGGCAGGCGUGGCCCAUGCCAUCACCCGCCGCUGCUCGUCGGGGGAGCUGGAUGACUGCGGGUGCGACAGGUCGGUGAGGGGCGUCACCCAAAACGGCUUCCAGUGGUCGGGCUGCUCCGACAACAUUGCUUACGGCGUCUCCCUCUCUAAAAGGUUCGUGGACGCCCGAGACAGGAAGGUGGUGAAGAGGAAGAAGCUGAACAACAACAGGAGGGUCAGCAGCCGAGCCCUCAUGAACCUCCACAACAACGAGGCCGGACGUAAGUUGAUCGAGAUGCACAUGAGAAUUGAGUGCAAAUGCCAUGGGGUGUCAGGUUCGUGUGAGCUGAAGACGUGUUGGAAGGCCAUGCCCACCUUUAGAGAGAUUGGAGAAAUCCUGAAGGAUAAGUUCGACGGGGCAACGGAGGUGCGGGUGAAGGAGGUGUCGGGGAGGUCGGAGCUGGAGCCGAACAAACAGUACUUCAAGAAGCCGACUGAGGUGGACCUGGUGUAUGUGUCGUCCUCACCAGAGUACUGCGACUAUGAUAUCAACAGUGGCUCUCUGGGCACACACGGCAGACGCUGCAAUAAGACUUCACGCGGGCUGGAAGGAUGCGACCUGUUGUGUUGUAACAGAGGCUACACCAGCUACCAGGAAAGUGUCCAGGAGCGCUGUUCCUGCAAGUUCCACUGGUGUUGCUUCGUCAGGUGUAGAACCUGUACACGCGACGUUACAGUACACACGUGCAACUAGCAAACGUCGCCUACAGUGUCGAUGCCAUUCCGUUCCUCGACUCUCCCCUCUCCCCCCUUCCAUGACCGGCGGCAGAAGAAUGGGUUCGCGAGGUCUAAUAAAACAGGGGACGGUGUAGAGGUGCUGGCGGAAACGCAUCUACAAUGUCACACUUACCUGAACAUAGUCUAAGUUCUUGUAUUUAUGGGAAUUAUUUGAUAGAUUUAACAAAAAAAAAGUACAUGUACAAUUUUAAGCCAUAAAUUAUUAGAUUUAUCAAGAUUUUUCCAAGCAUUUAUUAAAAGGUGCCAUUGUCGCUUCCUAGUGAGUCGGACAGGUGUUGAAAUUCCCCAUCAAGUAAACUUAUGAAUGUCAGCUGAGAGAAUCAUCUAAACUUUUUUUCUAAUAUAUUUUUUUCCCGCAUACUGGCAACACCUAUUGUACGUCCUGAGUCACUAUGGGCAUCUAAUGAGCUUAUAUACCCCGGCCCCGACAGUGUAAAUAAUUCCCCUCUACUCUUAGGUCUGUAGUAUAGUGGUUAAAAAAAAUAAUAACCUUUUAGAAGAAAGACUAUUCGUAGACGUGGUGUAGAAUCUUUGGAAGAUCGAAUUUUUGUACAGAUGUCUUUACUGAUUGUUAUCUUACUCGAGUCCUCUCUCCUCUAUGUUAUUUUAUAAGAUCACUAACGGUCCGCAACGAGACGAUCACAUAUAGCCAUUAGCUCCUCCUGCUGUCUGUGUCUGUCUGUCUGUCUGUCUCGUGUGCUGGCUCUUCCUCCUUCAGGAUCAGUCAGCCUCAUAACCUGUAGAGAUCUUAUACAAUAACGCCUAACCUGAUGUACAUAGGUCUUGUCUUAGGUCUUAAGGUGAAUAAUCUAUUAUCUAUAUCACUUGUACUGGUCCCUCCUCUCCCCCAUCUUCCCCGGGGAUGUGAGGUGUUUAAGAAUGACACGGGAUCACCUGAAGAUUAGACCCCCCCAGUUUAUUUCACCUCAUGAUCAAAUACCCUAAUGCUAACCUAACACCCCCCCCCAAGAUACCUUCCGGGGGUUUAAUCAUCAGGUAAAAUAAACCAAAAUAGGGGGAGAGCUAAUCUUCACCUGAUUCCACAACAAGAUGAUGGUUAGUCCUGACCAUCUAGAGAAAUAGAGACAUUGAGUAAUAACUUCAUAUACUUGACAAGAUGAUGAAGGGGUGUAUAGUGCACGCGCUUUCUCGUGUUUUAUUAGCAGAUUUUUUUCCUUAGUGAAAGCGGUUUUAUCAUUGUCAUUACUGCUACUUUUUUUUCUUUUUUGGGGGGUAUGGAAUCUGUUUUCUGAUGUCAUCUUUGGGUUCCACGCGUGUACUUCAAUAUUACGGUAAUAUCCCUCAUGUUAAUUCCUCUUUAGACAUGUGUAAUAUUUUGUAUAACACACACACACACACACACACACACACACACACACACACACACACACACACACACACACGGUUAUCAUGAUUACUUAAGUGAGGCAUCUAGAGAUUAUACCUCAACAAACACUCAACUAAUUUAGUUUGUUUUGGGAGAUAUUUAUUGUGUGUUUUUAUUCAUUUAUCGACAUAUUUUCCGUUUUAAUCUUCAAAUAUCCAGCAAAAGGCAAGAUGACGUCAUAUUAGCCAAUCAAUGACAGGCUAACAAUCAAGCUUUAGCCAGUCAAUGACAGGCUAACAAUCAAGCUUUAGCCAUCAGUGACAGACUAACAAUCAAGCUUUAGCCAUCAGUGACAGGCUAACAAUCAAGCUUUAGUCAUCAGUGACAGGCUAACAAUCAAGCUUUAGCCAUCAGUGACCACCAGCUGACGGUCUUCACACCAUCGUACACAACAAAACGACCGUUACCCGAAUGUCCCAUAACCGAGUAAUUACAUUAAAAUAACCAAGUGCUAACCAACCCGGAUCCAGCUCACAACAUUUUGCUACACCGGGGUUAUGUAUUAGUCUGUUGAUUCAUGACAAACAACGGCGCUGAUUUGGGUCAUAAAGCGCAUGCGCAGUGAUCCUCUGACUGCCACAAGUAAAACGAACUCAAACUUAACCUAUGAACUUCACGUUACGUCUGGUUAAGUCAGGUUGGUUCGUGUCCGCAGAUAUAAACAGUAACUUUAUAUAUAGGCUACACAUACCCGCCGCUAGCAAUAAUAAUGACAGGUGGAUUUGGUCGGCAGCCGCAGCCUUCAACACAGACGUGACAAGUAAACAAAGAUCGUGUUACCCUCCGCUUGUGUGAUGCCGACCUCCUGUUACAUCAUAACCACUCACAGCGUCACCAACCUGUGUUGAUACUGAGGCAGGUACACACCCCCACUGUGGUGUACACUGAGACAGGUACACACCCCUACUGUGGUGUACACUGAGGCAGGUACACACCCCCACUGUGGUGUAUAAUGAGACAGGUGCACACCCCUACUGUGGUGUACACUGAGGCAGGUACACACCCCCACUGUGGUGUACACUGAGGCAGGUACACACCCCUACUGUGGUGUACACUGAGACAGGUCCACACCCCCACUGUGGUGUACACUGAGGCAGGUCCACACACACCCCCACUGUGGUGUACACUGAGACAGGUCCACACCCCCACUGUGGUGUACACUGAGGCAGGUCCACACACUCCUCUCACAACACAAACGACGGGAGGUGAAAAACGCUUCAUCUCUCAACUUAUAAAUACAGAACUAACUUGUGUGGUAGAAGCGAAGCUGAAAUCCUUUACAGUUGUAGACGGUGACAGAGUAUUGUUGAAAUAUAACGAGAAAGUAGAGUCUAGUGAAUGUUUAAAUGACGAAACUUAUAUAUCUAACUUCCUGUCACUACAAAUAUAUUGUAGGAAAGUUGGUCUUUAAAAUAACAAAAUUCUUUUAUCUUCUGUAUCACGCAAGAGAAACUGGCUAUUGUUUCAACUAACUGAAAGACUGACAUGACUCCACUAAGAGCUUUAAAGAAUAAAUUUCUAGCCACAUUUUCCAAAAUAUACGUGAAAUGAACUAUUGAAACAGUCAGAUCUUAUCUAGUCUCACCAAUGGUUAAAUAAUGCAGUACCACACCAGCCAAAUGAGAGUUACUGAAAAAUGGAAAAACAAUCACCCUCAGGCAUCUGAUUGGUGGAGGUUUGUGAUUUCUGAAAGUAUAUGCUGUGUCGACUGCUCAACAGCACCGAUUAUGGUCAAAAUAACAAUGACAUACCUCCCUCACUCAGCGCGAACACCAUCCGCCAUUACAGCCCGCUAAGAGAGGUUCGUGUUUCAUUUAAGAGAAAUAAAAGACUAAUAUUUAAUUCAAGAGGAACACUUUCUGAAACUGUAUACUUAACUCUUGAAAAAAUACCCCUAAAAGGAGGACGCUGCUCAGUACUUGGACUACGUGAGAUAAACGCGGCCGUUCCAAUAAUGCACCACCAGUGUUUAUAUACUCUAUUUGAGCGUCGUAAACAUGACUCCUAGGUAAAAAAAAAUAAAUCUGUAUCGAGUCCUGGUAAUGAGUCACAUUUAUACAAUGACAAAUCUGAAGAUCCCUUGGAGAGGUUAAGUCGUAGUGUGACCCUUCAUCGCUUACGUUGUGGUUGUAUACUCGACAAAGGCCUCGAAACUCUUCUAAAAUUGUCAAUUGUGCAGCAAUAAGUCGUAGGGUUCGUCAAUCACUCUCCAAAUUGGCGAUUUUCCGUCUCCCUAGUUCAUUUUUGACGUGUCCAUAUUGUAUUUAUAUUCCCAUUCCCUAAAUGUAUCUCAUUUGUCAUCACUGAAAUGUAUGCAACGAUCGUCAAACAUGAAUUGUAAUAUAGACUAAAAUUCCUGUA